AAAAAGGCCAGUGGCUCUUCCGGUCUUAGGCGCUUCGAGAGCCAUGGGCUUGGGUGCAGAGAUGGCCAAGUCCAAGAACCACACCACGCACAACCAGUCCCGAAAAUGGCACAGAAACGGCAUCAAGAAGCCCCGAUCGCAAAGAUACGAGUCUCUCAAGGGGGUGGACCCCAAGUUCCUGAGGAACAUGCGCUUUGCCAAGAAGCACAACAAGAAGGGCCUGAAGAAGGUGCAGGCCAACAACGCCAAGGCCAUGAGCGCAUGUGCUGAGGCUAUCAAGGCCCUGGUCAAGACCAAGGAGGCCAAGCCCGUGAUCCCAAAGGGCAGCAGCGUUAAGCUCAGUCGACUCGCCUACAUCGCUCACCCCAAGCUCGGGAAACGCGCUCGUGCCCGCAUCGCCAAGGGGCUCCGGCUGUGCCGGCCAAAGGCCAAGGCCCAAACCAAGCCCCACGCUGCCGAUGCGGCUCAGGCCCCCAAAGGUGCUCAGGCCCCCAAAGGCGCCCAGGCCCCCAAAGGUGCUCAGGCCCCCAAAAGUGCCCAGGCCCCCAAAAGUGCCCAGGCCCCUGUGAAGGCUCCGUAGUAGCCUUUGUCCGCCGGCGUGAGGACACAAGGACUGAUGCGCCCCCGGGCUGGGCUCCUCCUGUGGUGUCUGUGCAAAUAAACCUGAGGCAGGUCUGUCCG